AGUCCACAGCUAUUCGCCAUAUACACACACAAUCGCAACGGAAUCGGUUAACUGCGGAGGUGGCGGAAUUUCGAAAAACGCUGUUCCAAGUUGCACUAUUGAGAAUCAAUUCGAGCGCAGCCCGUUAAUGAUUAUCCCAUUUGGGCGAACUAAAUUGAAAUUGGAAAAAGCGGGUGCAGGAGCAGAAUCCACAGGAUACGCAACUUUGGACCAAAGGACAGUCGGCGGCAGAGCGUGAAAUUAGCUUAAGUGCUUGUCGCCUCGACCAGGACACACAGGGAUACGAGUAUAAAAAUUCGAGGGCCGAUUCCAGUCGAAGCGGCUCAACAACUGGGAGUACCCGCGAUUCUCGCCACCCCGUCCACGUGGACUGCUCAAGAACGCCAAGGUUGUGGCCGCCCCAAACGGCCACCUGCUGCCCGGAGUGAAAAAGGAGGGCAACCCCUUUGGCCAAUACCGCGGAACGUACGAGCUGCCCCCCAGGAUAACGCGUGCCUUCUGCGCCCACUACGAUGCCUGUCUGAGUGGGCGGCACAAGUUCGCUGCGUAUCCGCGUGACCUGUGCUGCUGCCAGCGGGAGAACCGCAGGGCACUGGCCUGCGACCAGCGGACGGUGCUGGGCCACGAGGCCGAUCCCCACUGGAUGCGCCAGCGGUGCCAGACGAAGUGCGAGGGUCUGGAGCAGCUCAAGGAGCUGAACGAGCGCAGCUUGCGCUGCAAGCGGGCCAAGUGCCCAGUGGUGCUCUGCCGGAACUGAGCUACACGCCGGGUGAGCUGACGGAGCCGCAAUUCCGGUUGCCCUCGCACCAGGAGCUGCUCGACCAGAAGCGCCGCAGCACGGACAGCCUGCCGCUGGGGCGACUCACCUUGGACACCAGGGACACGCAGCCCAUCAAGUACCGGGAGCAACUGGGCUCGGCGGCGGGUCGUCAGUUUCCCGCCCUGGCAGCGGCCCAAAAUCGCUAUACGGAUCACCUGGAGCGGAGCAGCGAGCUCAGCUUCGCCUGCCUGGAGCCGGGGAAGGAUCUAAUCUCGUUGCCGACGGUGGGAGUACGUAGCUUUGGUCCGCAGCCCGAUACCGAUACCGAUCCCGAUUUGAUCAAGAAGAUGCCGCUGCACUCGAUCACAGAGAAGCCCAACGAGCGGUGUCCCUCGCCAGUGGUGCCGGCAUAUGCCAAUUUCGAGCUGGCCAAGCGGAUGCACCAGGACAAUCUGGACCACCAGCCGCUGCCCGAUUGCGUCGCCGACUUGGCGUUCCGGCGGGCGCAGAUAUCCGGCGGACAUGCGGGACUGGCCCUGGAAAUCGAUCCCAUUGCCACGGGCGUGGGUGUGAAGACCCACAAUGCUGGGCCCACGCACUGCACCAAGAUGAAGGUAUUUCGUCCGAAAACCGGCGGUGGCAUUGUGCCCCGUGCCCUGGGCAAUGGCGAUGCCUUCCGUGGUGUUGGCUCCGCUCCGGCCAAAAAGAUGGGACCCAUGGAUUUGGCCAUUUGUUGGGACUUCAAGCCGGCGAAUCCGGCGGAUGAGCCACGCCUGGCCAGGCACAUAGACGGCUCCAAUGACUCGGCCGGGCCGGCUGUCUUCACCUGCGUGAAAACGCCGCGCGAGGAGCAAUCCUCGGACUUGGGCCGCUCGGCUGGCGUCUUCACCAGCACCCUCGGUGAGGCGGAUUUUUUUGACAAGGACAUACUGAGGAAGCGAACGGAUUUUGGUGGCACGCGUUUGGAUCGCGAGGAUCCGUGCGCCUGCGACUACUCACCACCGGCCAGACAAAGGGCACGCAGUGUCUCCCGCGACUCCAGCGCCUCGCAUUGCAGGCGAGGAUCGGGCAUCGGCGGACCCACUGGCGGCGUUAGUUUCGGCAACUUGGCGGAGCUGCCCGGUCGCGGGAUGCCCGAUCGACUGGCCAAGCAGUAUCAAUCGUCGCCGCUGCUGGGCGACAAGGCCUACCAGGCCUUGCGGGAGAAAUAUUUGGGACCAGACUCUGGGCAGGAUUGCGCGGCCGCCAAUUGCCGGCCAACGGGUGGUCCGCCAUGCAAGCGGGACGCACUCCUGCGGCGUCCAGCUCGCCGUCUCUGCCACAAGGUAGCUCCAGCGCCCAGAUGCUGUGCCCCUUCCUUCGGUGGCCACGGACAUGGUCACUGCUUGACCAGCAAGGCGGCCUUUCGUGCCGGAGUGCCCAGGCACAAUGCCUCCGGCGAUUUCGUGGGCACAGAGCCGGGCUGUGGAGGCGGCGCUGGUGGCGGUGGCAGGGUUCUGGUGGUGCCACGCCCCCGCCAGCCGUACGCCAAAAAGAACUACGACAUCGAAACCCUGGUGCCGCCCUUCCAAAGCCAAGCGGGCGGCGCGGGCCAGGGUGGCUAUCCAGAGCACUGGCGUCUGGCCAGUGUCUAUCAGCACGCCUACAAGCCCAUCGACCAGCGCAGACGGCCCCUUCUCCAAACCGUCUACAAGUAGGUCUGCCUCCUCCCACUGCAUCCAUUGCAUGGAUGGCUGUCCGUUAAGAAUGCUGUCCGCUCAAGAUGCUCUCUGGUGUCCGGAAAACGAGGUAAAGAGUAAUAGAAAGCUAUAGCCCGAAUGCAAACAUAUAGUAUAAUGAUAAUAGCAUUGUUUCCCACUGCAUUUUAUGUUUAGCACACGGGAAAAUCGGUCCAAGAAUAGGCUAAGUUAAUCAUUCCCAACAAAUUAAAUGAAUAGUUUAAAACCAUAUUUAAGGAAG